AGCUAGGUUUGCCGAAAUAGGCAGCCAACGACAGCUUUUGAAAAGAAAAGGAAAAAAAUCCUCCUUCUCUCUCUAUCUUGAAAUUUCUCUCUCCUGAAUUUCUCUCCCUCCUAAAUUUUCAACCUCCACGGCAAAGAAAAUGGCGGUUUCUUCUAGAAGAUCAAGCGGACCAGUCCUCCGUUCUCUCUCACCCUCCGGAAGAUUCUGUAACUCUCAUUUUUCUUCGUCUCCGUCAUCGUCUUCCUCAGCUUUCGCUUCAUCCAGUUCCAGCUUCUCAUCCCGGCCCUCCACCUUCUUCCACCGUUCCGCAUCCCCAACGCGCGUCAACCUCGUCGGCGCGUCCUCUUCCGCUUCCUCCGUACGGUUUGCUCUGGACCGUCCGAUUUCCCCAAACCGAUCGAUUGCCGUGGCGCCGCGUGGCAGCAGCAUGAGCAACAACCAUCAGGUGGUGAGGCGGCCAACCGGCCAGAAGAGGACGUGUCUGUGUUCUCCUUCCACUCACCCUGGCGCGUUUAGGUGCGGUCUCCACAGAGGAUUCGGAAACAACACGUCGCAUCACUCGGUGACUCCGUACGCGCAGAACCGGCUUAACGCGCGCAGGUCAGCCAUGACGAAUUCCUUGGUGAGGAUUGGUGGCGUUGAGGGCGAUCUGGUGAAACGUGCUUUGGCGGCUUUGAUUCGUCCUUCGUCGCACCACCAGAAGAGGCGCGCGGACUUCCGACCAAGGCCGAGCCGGCUCUCGAUCAUGUCUAAGGCCGGGGACGAAGAAGGCUCCUGAUCUGAUUUGGUAUGUUGAAAUCUUCAAAAACCAAAAACAAAACUCGUCGAUCUUUCAUGUAUGAAAUUGUAGCCCUGUUAGCUACUUAUGUAGUGGUCUCUCUCCGAAUUUUCCCGUCGACGGAGGCAUCAAAAUCCGACCACCACCGGUUUUGGUGAACUGAUUUCAACCGCGAGCGGCGUUAGCGACGGCGACGGCAUCAGAUUCCGGUGAUAUUGGUUUGUGAUCUGACAUGUGCGGUGAUUCGGAAACGGGCCUGGUUUUUUUGUGUACUCCGGUGACCGAAAUCCUAUACAGGACAAAUAAUAUCCAUAGUUACAGAUCUCUGUAUAUAAAAAAUAUAUAAUUCAUUUCUAAGUUGACCGCCAUUAAUGGUGGCUCGACGAGCUUUCGGACCGA